GGAAUGACAAUAACCCAGAAUACCAUAUCAUAAAGGCACAGAAUGGAAUGGGUAAAUGUCUUCUGGAGCCCAAGAGGUGCUGAACUGUAAUGUGUUGUUUUAGUGCACCAAAAAUGUUAGCCCUCAUCCUACUAAAAUAUAUUUUGAAUUGCUAAUAAUAUAUUUCACAACAAUCAUGUUCAACUAGUGCAUCUUUAACAUCAAUGCAGUUUAAUGUAAGAAAGUACAAAGUGAUGCACACUGGGGGACGGGACCCCAAUUUCACAUAUAAUUUCACAUGUGGUCUGACUUGAUGGUGACUGGCCAGGAAUGAGACCUUGAAUAGCUUUAUGAAGAUGCUGACUCGGUGCAAAAGGUAAACUCCAUGCCUGGGAUUAUUAGGAAACUGAUCGAAAACAAAAGUGCCAAAUAACACAAUGCAGUUAUACAAACCUGUGGUAAAACUAUAAUGUGUAUAGUUCUGAUUGCCUCACCUCAAAAAGGAUACUGUAGAGAUGGAAAAGCUUCAGAAAAGGGCGACCAAAGUGAUCAAAGCGCUGGAACAAAAUCCCAGUUUUAGAAAGAUUACAAUAUUUGGGGGGUUUAAUUUAGAAAAUAGUGAGUAAAGGGAUAACAUGACAGAGGUGUACACAAUUAAGUUACGUGUGGUGUGAAGAAAGUAGAUCCUGGGAUAGCUCAGUUGGUAAGAGCAUGAGACUCUUGACCUCGGAGUCGUGGGUUCGAGCCCCACAUUGAGCCAAAGUUUCCUGCACUGCAGGAGACUGGACUUAGAUGACCCUUGUGGCCCCUUCCAUCUCUACAAUUCUAUGAUUCCCUUUCUUACAGGUAUGAGAGAACUGGUGUCAUCCAAUGAAGCUGAAGACUGGAGCAUUUGGGGCAGACAAAAGAAAGCGCUCCCACAACGUAUAGUGAUGGCAGCCAAUUUAGAACCUUAGAGGUGUUGAGUUGGGAGGGACCACAAGAGCCAUACAGUCCAGUCCCCUGCAAUGCAAGAAUAUUGGAUGGCAUUGAGAGGAUUAGAGAACUUCAUGGGGAAUAAGACUAUCAGUGACUACUAGCUAUGAAGGCUAUGUUCUACCUCCACUGUCAGAGGUUGUUUGUCUCUGAAUACUAGUUGUAAGAGAAUACAGUGGUACCUUGGUUCUCAAACGCCUUCGUACUCAAAGCCUUGGUUCCCAAACCCCCAAAACCCGGAAGUAAGUGUUCCGGUUUUCGAAUGUUUUUCGGAAGCCGAAUGUCUAUUGCAGUCGACUAUUGUUUCCGGGGCAUCUGCACCAAUCAGAAGCUGCGCCUUGGUUUUUGGACAUUUUGGAAGUCAAACAGACUUCUGGAACGGAUUAAGUUUGGCGCUUUUGUUUUUGCUAUUUUGCGUUUUUGUUUUUGAGGCUUUUUUGGUUAAUUUGUUUUUGUGACUGUGUAGAACCCAGCACAGCUACUGAUUGAUUGAUUGAUUGAUGAGUGCGGAAAUGGAUAAAAGCCCCCAUCCAAACAAGGACUAUCAUCAGUACAGGGAAGGAAGAAGCCCACAGCAUUCCGCAAUACAAAACUGAUCCCCAUGGAAACCUCUUCAUCCUCUGAUGACAGUUGUGACAGUUUUGGCUCUGAUAAUUUUGCAAACACGAAACGAAGCUUCAAGCCAGAAGUUGCAGAGGAGAUAGUAAAAAUCUUUUAUGAGGAUUCGGAUGAUGAAUCCUUCUGUGGUUUUUCAGAAAGUGAGAUUCAGGAUGUGCUGAAACUGGAUACACACUCGGAGAAAAAUAUGAGCCACGAAGAUAAAUUUUCAUGUAAGAGGCCACGGAAGUGCUCUGUUCCUCUUAAAGUUGCUAUGACGUUUCCACUUCGAAGAUCUAAGAGGGGGAAGAGUGAAAUAAUUUUAGACCCAGAACCUCCCGCCGAACUGGAAUUGGACUCUGAUUCCGAUGAAGAAAGAGGCCCCAAAUUCUUAGAGAAAAGGGCUUUAAAUAUAAAGGAGAAUAAGGCCAUGCUUGCAAAACUAAUGGCAGAAUUAAAAAACGUGCCUGGAAUUUUUACAAGGAAAGGUCCCCUGGCAACUCCAACCUUGAAACCUCAGCGAUCUCCAAGGAAAUCAUUUCCCAGGCGUUCUUUAAGGAGGAAUCCAGAAAGAAGUGCCAGGCCUCACACAAGAUCCAGGUCCCUGAUCGAAGGUCCUCCAAGCCCUGUUUCGGAGAAGGACGAUGAGGAUGAGGAUCCAUACUACUUAGUGAGAAGGAAGAUGUCUGAUGAAUACUCUGAGGAUGAAUCAGACGGUCCCAGAAGAAAAAGUUCUAUGACUCUUCCCCAUGUUAUCCGCCCAGUGGAAGAAAUUACUGAGGAAGAGUUGAAUGGUAUCUGUGAGACUGCCAGAGAUAAAGUGUAUAAUCGUGCGACGGGUUCCACUUGCCAUCAGUGUCGGCAGAAGACUAUAGACACCAAGACAAACUGUCGCAAUCCAGAAUGUAUGGGAGUGCGUGGCCAGUUCUGUGGGCCUUGCCUACGCAACCGCUAUGGAGAAGAAGUCAGGACUGCUUUGUUGGAUCCAGACUGGCAUUGCCCACCUUGCCGUGGCAUCUGCAACUGUAGUUUCUGCAGGCAGCGAGAAGGACGAUGUGCUACUGGUGUGCUUGUUUACCUGGCCAAGUACCAUGGCUAUGACAACGUCCAUGCUUACUUGAAAAGCCUGAAACAAGAACUUGAAAUGCAAGAAUGAAUUUGGACGUGAUUCUGUGGCCAUCGGCAAAACUGACGUUAAGGUUAAUCGUUUUGAAGGUGUUCGUUGGUUGGUUGCUGUUUUUUAACCAGGCAUUCGUUUUCCCUCCUAUGUCUUAAGAACAAAAGCCAUUGUGUCAUUUGAAGUUCCACUUUACAGGGUGUGAAUUACUAAUUCCGUUAGGUAGCAGUUUUCCUUUCAUGCUGGAUGCAAUUAGUUAUGUGUAUUAUGCCACAGUGUGGCUUCACACAAGGGUUGAAAUUUGCAGAAAGAAGAUUUAGCAACAAACCAGACAAAUCUGGUGUCUGACUGGAAAUACUGUUGGUCCUAACGGAAUGUUGCAGGAGAAGGUAACAGUGACAAAGGUGACAUUUCCUAAACUGAAAGUUUUGGUGGGGGUUGAGCCGCUUUGAGUCCAGAGCUAUUUUACAGUUUAUCCUUCAUGCUCAAGAAAGCAGUUAGUUGUUUUUAUCCAUCAUAAAGCAUGAUAUGAAUAGAUGAAUAAACGUUACACAGUGCUCCGAAUAGUAGAUUUAAAAAAGGAUGAACAAAAUUGGCUGACGGUAAGCCACUGUGUUGCUUGCGGGCUUGAUCUGAAAUAUGCGAUGGAAAACCAUGUACAUCUUAAAUUUUGGGGUGAUUCGUGCAGGAGCAAGUCCUUUUAGUCCAUCUCACGCAUAGGGCAUAAUGUCUAACAUGGAGCCUAUUGUGUGUGGGGUCUAGCACAUUGCAUGAACAGGGGAUAGUUAUAUACACGUAAGCCUUGCAUUGUACUUAUGCUGGCUGGGUGAUAAGCCAGCAGCUUGCUCUCAUGCUCGUGAUAAUAUAGCUCCUCCACACAAGGGACUAGGUUGGUGAGCUUAGACUGAUUGAGAAGCUGAUAGUCCUGUAUGUUUCAAAAGUGCAUUUAGUUAAUAGGCCACAGGACUUCCGCUUCAAAGAGUUAAUAAUGGCUACAAAAUUUCACACUGAUACGGACUCUUGUACAACAGGCAGGAAUUGUGUUCCUAAACCUUAAACUUGCUUGAGAACAUAAAAGGUGUCCUUUUGGUUGGACACAAGCAACUUAACACUUAGUUCUUGCUUGUAACACUGUACUGUCCGCAGUUGUCUACAUAUGUGACACUGUAAAUUAAAAAUGGUUGCUGAAAACCUUAUUCCUUGUGUGGAUAGGAUGUGGGGGCAGCGUUGCUAUCCAAUCAUACAUUUUUGGAAGGUCAAAAUUGCUAUUUUGCAUCUUUUCUUUCUUUUGGACAUGGAUAUAAAAUUCUCACAUGCGUUCUGCUUUUUCAGCCUUUUGUAGAAGUUCCUCUAUCAUACAUGAAAACCUAGUUCAAAACCUGUUCAAAGAUGCUGUUGUACAUAGGCUAGAUCCCAUGCAAUUUCUGCUCUGGCUUUCUUUCAAGGAUAGCAAAAGACUACUGUUAGUUAUGCAUACUGUAAAUGGAUCCUGUGAUCUACAGAGCUCUUAUGUACAAAGUGUAGUUUUGAUAAUAAAAACCUUGCCUAGAAAUAAUUGUUGUUUU